UGCACCUCGUCCUGUCCCCGCCCACCUAAGGGAAGCCCAGAGUCCCGGCCACAAGUAGGCCUCCAUGGAAGAGCUAGAAGCAACGAACCGGCCCACUUGGACGCGCCUUCCUCAAGCCCUGGGGAGCUCAUGGCACUGGAAAUACGAUGCUGGUUUCCUGCAGCGGAAGACUCAUACUUCCAACCUUUCUUCUCCCCAGUACUAUAAAAUCGGAACACCUCGAGUGGUUUACACGCGCCUUUAGAGCCCUGAAAGCUUUCGCGCGCUUCCAAAUGACCCCUCGGAGGACCUAUAGGGGUGAUGUCAUCAGGGCGCGACAAACAGGAAAUAAGCUAAAGGCUUAGGGUGGCGUUCAGGCAGCAGCUCAGGCUGAGGGCGCGGCGCUCUCCUCUCUCCAGUCCUGGCUGCGAUGGACGGUGCCCGAGAGUCGCCCACCGACAAAGGGGAAGAGGCAGGAGAGUCCGAUGAGACGGCCUCUGCUCCUGUGAUCCCGGGGACUGCAGACACAGACGCAGUCCCGGAGGAAACUGAUGGAGACGGAGAAGCAGACUUGAAAGAAGCCGUAGCGGAGGAAGGCGAGCUCAAGAGUCAGGAUGUCUCAGACUUAACACCAGGUGAAAGGGAAGACUCAUCAUUACUUGCUCCUGCAGCCAAAAAACUGAAAAUGGAGACCAAAGAAAAGAAAGAGAAGAAGCAGAAAGUGGAUGAAGAUGAGAUUCAGAAGAUGCAAAUCCUGGUCUCUUCUUUCUCGGAGGAGCAACUGAACCGCUACGAAAUGUACCGCCGGUCAGCUUUCCCUAAGGCAGCCAUUAAAAGGCUGAUCCAGUCCAUCACCGGCACCUCUGUGUCCCAGAAUGUCGUCAUCGCCAUGUCUGGUAUCUCCAAGGUUUUCGUUGGGGAAGUGGUAGAAGAAGCUCUGGACGUGUGUGAGAAAUGGGGAGAAACACCGCCGCUGCAACCCAAACACAUGAGGGAGGCUGUUCGGAGGCUAAAGUCCAAAGGACAAAUCCCCAAUUCGAAGCACAAAAAAAUCACUUUCUUCUAGACUGAAGCCCAGAAAAAGCCUGUUACUGACAAAGAAUUCUGGUUCUAGUUCCGUUCCAUGCAACAUUCUGCACGGGUGUUUCAGUGUCACCAUCCUCCAAUGUGGCCUACGUCACAGUUGCCUUGAUUAAAUUUUGGAACUUCUCAGGCCAUUUUGAGAUGCUCAGCUGUCUCUAGCUAGCAGAAAGAGAUACGGGCCUUCAGCAUCUUCUAGACAGGAGAGCUGCUUCAGAGACAAUAUCUUUCAAGAGAACGUUCACAAUGAAGCCUAAAGUACCAAGAUCUAGGUUGUUCUUGCAUCUGGGUGUUUUCUUUGUUUGGUUUGGGGUUUGUUUGUUCGAAGAACUGGGGAUUGAACUCAGGCCCUUGCACUUGCCAGGUACUGAGCUAUCUCCCCGGCCCCCUUGCAUCUGGUUUUAAGUGGCUGAGACCAGCUGAAACUUUGGACCUGUGGUACUCUACCAUGAAGGAUGAGAGAACAUGUGCUUGCUAACAUUUAAGAUUCUCCUGUGGGCCGAGGAGAUGGCUCAGUAGAAUAAGCGCUUGCCUGGCAAGCGCAAAGGCCUGAGUUCAAUCCCCGGUUCCACAAAAAAAGAAAAAGAUUCUCCUGUGAAUUUUGAUGACUGAUUGUAAGACUUUUCCAACUUGUAAUCAUUUUGUGUCCAGCUGGUUGUAAUGGGGAGAAUUUUAUCAUUGUUUUUUGGUGUCCAAAUAAAACUUAAGAC